UUUCAGGAUGAGCGGCCAGGUAAAGGCCGAAUAUGAUUUCGAAGCUCAGCCAAAUUCUGGUGAGAUGAGCAUCACUGCCGGAGAAAUACUUACCGUUAUACGAAGGAACAUCGAAGGCGGAUGGAUGGAAGGAAGCAAUUCUAAAGGACAAAUUGGAUUAUUUCCCGAAUCCUACGUUGCGCCAUACUAUGGAGCACCGCCACCGAUCCCACCGCCACUACCGCCUUCAGCGCCGCAAGUAUCGUCAGCACGACCUGCGCUCGAUGAUUGGGGCACUUCUGGAUUCGCCCUACCACCACCAAGUGCGCCCUCGUCUGUUCCAGCUUUUACCCCACCUCGAAAUGUGACGCCAGUAAACAAUGUCAACCCAGCCACAUCAAGUGGCGGUGGCGACGAUUUCGAUGACGAAUGGACGGACGAAGACGAGGAGGUACAAGAAGCUAGCAAUCAUGCUCAUCACGACCAAAGAUCAGCAAUCAGUCGAAGUCAUUCCGCUGGCGGUACAGAGCGCCCCGGGUCAAGCAAAGUUAAUAGGAAUAUCAACAGAUUUUCUAACUUUGUCAAAUCCGGGAUGGAAGCAUACAUUCUCGGCGAGUCACGAAUGAAUGGCCAGUCAGGCGAAAAGCAUGAAAUCAUUAUCAGUGGUCCACUCGUACAAUGGCGUCCUAUCCAGCAGUACUACACAUGUACGGUAGAUAAACCAAAAAAGGAGACGAAACUCAAAGGUCUCAAGAGUUUUAUUGCCUAUUCGCUCACCUCUACACUCAGUCGAAUACAGGUUUCCCGACGAUACAAACACUUUGAUUGGUUACAUGAUCAAAUGUCAGCAAAAUAUAUAAUGAUUGCUAUUCCUCCGUUACCCGAGAAGCAGGUGUCAGGGCGAUACGAAGACGAUCUCAUUGAUCACCGAAAGCAUAUUUUACAAUUAUGGGUAAACAAAAUUUGUCGCCAUCCUGUACUCAGCCAGAGCGAGGUAUGGCUACAUUUCAUUACGUGUACUGACGAAAAGGAAUGGAAAAAUGGCAAAAGGAAAGCCGAGAAGGAUGAAUAUGUCGGUGGCAACUUCUUCAACUGUGUAACAGUCCCACAAUCUCCACUUGACCUUGGUCAUGUUGAACGACAAGUGGAUAAAUUCCAAAGGAGUGUAAAAACUACUGAAGAUGCAAUGAGAGUCAUGCAAGAACGAUUAAGUAUAUUCCAAAAACUUUUCGUUGGGCCUGUGAAGUCAAACUGGCAGAAAAUGGCACUCGCUUUUGUAACAUUAGCUCAGUCAUUCCAUGCGGAUGAUCAUCCAGGAAGCAACCGAAUGGUAGACGCCCUGAAGCAAACAGCCCAUCACUAUCAUCAAAUAGGUGACGAUUUCGAGGCACAUUCGAAAAAUGACAUGGAACCAGUCAUGGAAAGCCUUUACUCGUUUAAAGGCACUAUACAAACAGCUCCCGAUAUUUUACAUGUUCAUAAGCAAGCGAUUCAAAAAUAUCGUGAAUGCGAGGGGAAGCUCUCACACGCAGAUGCCGAGCGCAUCAAGCGACGGGUGGACUCGUCGAGUUAUGCUGUUUUAGCUGAAAUGAAUCAUUUAAAUACAGAGAAGAUUGAGGACGUUCGUGUAACAAUGUAUAAUUAUUUGAAACGACAAGCGGAAUUCUAUCAAAAGAUGGCCAAUUCGAUGAACGACAUGGCAAAGUUAUACGAGUUCUAAGCUGAUGACAUUCUGUUAAUUUGUGAUGAUUGUAAAUGCAUCUCUCUUGUACUUUCUGCUUAUCCAGUGAUACCUCGAUUAUCCCUGUAAAAUCGCAACUCAGAUUAUCGCGAGAUGAGAAUAAGUUCUGUUUCCAUUUUCUACACUUUCUGCAAAGCUAAUCAUGAAAAUUACGAAAUCGGUCGUAGAAGUUAGCCAAAACGAGGUAGAUUCAAGUGCUAAAUAUGCCCUUCCAAAAGAGAGAAUGGCUGCCUCUAUUUUUCUGCAGUAAAUAUGAAAUGAAAGGCUUUUUCCGUUUUUGUACAUUUGUCAGCCAAUUUGCUUCUCGUAAAUUUAAGAGAAGAAAGAAAUUCUCUUAGUUUCUGUUACACGCUUGUAAACUUGAACAUCGCUUGAUUAGGUAACAAGUUUGAUGAGCGGCCUUUAAGUGGAGAGUCUUUUCCGAAUUCCAACCCGAAGUUCUUAUUGCGAUGUAUUGCCUUUCAUCAGGUUUAGCUGAAUUUUAUUUUCCUUUCGCCUCGCCUUUCCGUCAAGCUAAAACGCCUUGUUCAGCAGUUGCUUGUCUAGAUAUUCAAGUUGAGCUUCCCUGGUGCCACUUCUCUCCAUUUUUCUCUCUGAUAUUUCACACUUAAGCGUUUGUGAAAAGAAGUUGCCGAUUACUGAAUUUGGCCGUUCCACAUGCAAAAAGCUUGAUUGUAACAUAUAAUUUCGAUUUAGCAUAACUAUCUGCCAUACACUUCACGUUUUGUGAUAUUGGUUGAUUUCAAUCUUUGUGAGAUUUGGAAACUAUGAAUAUAAAGUUACCAAUUUUUAA